GACAUACUAAAAUUGACGUUUGCUUUCUGUCUAUUUGUGAAUUAUUAAUAGUUAAUUAAGAGUAGAAAUGUAAUCAAUUACUAAGUUUUAAAUGAAUCUUUAUACUCAUUUACGUGUUUUAGAGGAUCUAAACAUAGUACAAAACUAACACCUAAAUGGCUUACACAGAAAAGGUGUCGCUAAAUGGCACCGCACUUUCCUUCCUACUCUACGAAUGCCUAAAUUCCUCCAACAGUCAGGAAGGAUUCUUAAUUGGAGAUGUAACUUCGGAGAUUAAAAAUCAUAUAUCGGACUCACACAAUGACAGUGCUCGCUUGGAUACACAAAUUGCUAUACGGACAGUGUUGCCGUUACCAUCUGUUUCACUAUUUUAUUUACCUUCUGGUAGUAUAAAAGAAGAUGUGUUAUCUGACCUACUAUCAAACGUAGCAUCCGAGGUUGUUGGUUGGUACAAAUACCGCAAAUGCAGCAGCAUUAAACCAACUUUUCGGGACAAGUUAAUAUCUAAAGGAUUGCAAAAAUAUUUUGAAAAAAUCCACAGCAAAAAAACAUUUGUUACAUGUAACUUAUCAUCUAAGGUUUCAAUCGCAGGUUCAACUCACACAUUGAUAUAUAGAUUCGGGAAAAUCAAUUGCUUUGACAUGUAUGAAUACAUUGAAGAUGUGACGGCCAAUUUAGGAGAAAAAGUAACUGGGUAUAAAAAGGCCAAUAGAUUGACACCGCACUGUAUAUUCAACAAGAUAGUGAAGGAAAGUAAUGUUCAUAACAACAACACAAAUGAUGCCAUACUUAUGAUCCAACAGGCUGUAGACGUAAGGCUUGUGAAGGAAGCGCAAAUAGCAGCUAAAAAUGAAUCAACAAUCAGAGAAUUGGAGGCUGAAAUCAAACAAAUGAAUUCCAUUCUUGCUGAAAAACAGGCUUCUGAUUUAGAUACCUCUUACAAUAAGAUGUUGGAGGAAAAAUAUGUAAAUAAGGAAGUUGAGAUGGUAGAUGCCUGCAUAGAGGCUUUGAAAACACCACCCACAAUUGACCUGCUCAGCAUGCCAAAUGUAGUUAUAAAUAGCAAUAGUGACAUUUUAACCGAUAGUGAAAAUUCAGUGCAACUUAUUGAAAACAAUGUGAAAGACAGAUCACCUAGCCCAGUAUUGCCCUCCAGUUCUUCCAAACCUCCAACACUUAAUUAUGCAGCUGUGCUUAAGAAGAAAUCGGAAACAAAUACUAGUAAAAAAUCAAGUAAUUUUACAGAGGACCUUAUAAGCUUUGAUGUUGAAGAUAGACCUGUGCAAAAACCCAUAAUCAUCAAUGAUAAUGCUACAUGUUUUGGUGAAAGUUCACCUGAAUACUAAGUGCCUUAUAAAUGUUAAUGUUAUAAGUUACCAAUUUCUGACUUAGUUGUAUUAUUGUAAGCAUACAUUACAAUAUAAUGUAACUUAAUAUUAUCUACAUUAUAUCAGUGUUAAAUUUGUGUUACUUGUAACUAUUAUCUAAUAGCAGACAUAUCUAAUGUAACAUAGUUUUAAAUAAGAACUUAAUCUUGUCAUCUCAUAUAAAAUACUUUAAAAUGAUAAAAAAUGGUAUAUUAUCUCUAGAUAAUCGUUUACCUUCAGGGAACAUUACAUUGUAUAUAAGUAUCAUUAUUGUUAAUAACAAGAACAUAGAAUAAUCAUUAUUCUCAUUAUAUUUUGUGUAAAUUAACAUUCAUCUUGUUUAGUAAUAAUGUUAUUUUUGUAAUAAAGUAUAAGUUCAAAAUUGA